AUGAAUGUGGAGGAUAGUAGCAAAUAUCCUGGUGGAGAUGCUUUUAUUAAUGAAGGUUUUCGAAAUUGGAAUAUGAAGUGCAGAAUUCGUAGGCAUGUUGGUGCUAUCAAUAGUGCUCACAAUGAAGCUGAGGAGAAAUAUAAUUUGUUCAUGAAACCUAGGACUUCAAUUCGUGAGUCUAUAGGCUCAAACAGUGCAGAUUUCAAGGCUCAGUAUCUAGCUCGUUUGACAUGGUCACUAAAGUGCAUAAGGUAUCUUUUGCGUCAAGGGUUAGCUUUUCGUGGUCAUAAUGAGGGAAAGGAUUCAAACAAUCAAGGGAACUUCAGGGAACUUUUGGCUUGGCUGGCAGGGAAUUUUGAAGAAGUUAAUAUGGUGGUUCUUGAAAAUGCCCCACACAAUUGCCAGAUGAUUGACCACAAGAUUCAGAAACAACUUAUUGCUGCUUGUGCUCAUGAAACAACCAAAUUUAUUAUAGAGGAACUUGGUGAUGAAUGCUUUGCCAUUCUUGCUGAUGAGUCUAGUGAUGCCUACCAACAGGAACAAUUGGCUCUUUGCUUGCGUUAUGUCAAUAAAAAUGGAGAACCUGUUGAGCGGUUUCUUGGUCUUGUGCAUGUUGAAGAUACUACUUCAUUGACUCUUAAACAAGCAAUUCAGUCGUUACUUAUCAAAUAUCAGUUGCCUUUAUCCAAGAUACGUGGUCAAGGGUAUGAUGGAGCUAGUAAUAUGAAAGGUCAUGUCAAUGGUUUGAAGAAAUUAAUUAUGGAAGAGUCCUCUUCUGCAUAUUAUGUUCAUUGCUUCGCCCAUCAACUUCAGCUAACCCUUGUAGCUGUAGCUAAAGAGAAUAUUGAUUGUCAAUGGUUUUUUGGGCAACUUGCAUAUUUGUUGAAUGUUCUAGACAUGUCUUGCAAGAAAAUCCGCAUGCUUCGCAUAGCUCAAGCUGAAUACAUGAUUGAAGCACUGAAAUUGGGUGAAAUUGAAACUGGCCAAGGAUUGAAUCAAGAGAUGGGCUUAGCAAGACCAGGUGAUACACGUUGGGGAUCUCAUUAUAGAACUGUUAUGCAUGUGAUUCAUUUGUAUCCUUCAAUCAAGAAAGUGCUUUUUAGAGUUGGGAAAGAAGGUAAAGGGGUUGAGGCAUUAGGAGCUCAAACUAUGCUCAGAGUAUUUACCUCAUUUGAGUUUGUUUUUCUGCUCCACAUGAUGAAUGAAAUAUUUGGAUACACAAAUGACUUAUGCAAUGCUUUGCAAAAGAGGGAGCAAGAUAUUGUAAAUGCAAUGGAUCUUCUUGAGCUCACAAAGUUGGAAUUGGAUGUUUUGAGAAGAGAUGCUGGAUGGGAAGAAUUUAUUAAGAAUGUCACUUCUUUCUGUCAGAAGCACAAAGUUAAAGUUGUUGAUAUGGAUGGAAAGUAUAUUCCUAUUCAAAGAUCAGCUAAGUUCUAUAGAGGUGUCACAAAUUACCACAGGUUUCAUGCUGAUAUGUUUUUGGGUGUCAUUGAUAGGCAACUUCAGGAGCUGAAUAGCAGGUUUGAUGAGAAUUCAGAUUAUGAAUAA